UCCUCUCUCUCGUCCCUCACACACACUAACGGAGAAAAUGGCGUUUGAAAACCCUCCUGAAACCCAAGAAGAGACAGCCUCUCUGAUAGAGAAGCUUCCAGAACAAGAUGCACAUCGGGGAUGUUCCUCAGUGGCCGAACAAAGAGGGAACCAACUCAUUUUGUACCACUGGACCCAGUCCUUUAACUCCCAGAAGGUGCGUCUGGCCAUCGCAGAGAAGGGUCUUCGCUGUAAGGAAUACGAUGUGAGUUUGCCGCUCAGCGAACACAACGAGCCGUGGUUUAUGCACCUGAACCCGACCGGAGAGGUGCCCGUGCUCGUGCACGAAGAAAAUAUCCUCUGUGACCCCGUGCACAUCAUGGACUACCUGGAGCACACCUUCACUGAGG